GUAACAUGACGAACAGCUACAGAGCUCGGAAUGGGCAGGAGUGAUGUGAUAUCACAUGACAGUGUUGCGCUCAAUGUUGCCUGUUCUGUAUCCUCUUCGGCGGAUGUAAAACUGUGGAGCUCAGGCAGACGGGAGACCUCCUCCUCCUCCACCCACCGUCAGCCGCAGCCCACAAUCAUGAUCCAGCUUUUCCGCCAUGGACAAGACUGCGUCUUUUGGACCGCUCUAAACGGUAAAGGAUCAAAUAAAGUUUGCAGUUCCUAAGAAAAAAGCCGAGGAGAUUACCGGUGACUUUUUGCAGUGGGAGCUUUUGCAAGCUCACCUUUCAUCGGAGACUCUGUGCGCUCCGGAUUGCGGGUGUUUCCCAGUGUUCAGUUCCCGGCUCACCUGCAGAGGCUGGAUCAUGCGCUCCCGGUCUGCGUUACACCGGUUUACCACCAUCCUUUGUCUCCUUUUUCUUCCUCUUGUUUUCUCUUCCUCCUCACGACCUCAGUGGAUUCUUCAGCAUGUCCCUGUGGUCCUGCCCCAGCAGACAGAGGCACGGCCAGAGCCUCAUUUCCUGUCUCCAGCCCGUUUGGACGUCACUUCAAACUGUGACCCAGAAUGCCACAAGAAAGCCCCUCGCCCAAGCUACUGGGAUUUGCGGCGUCUUUUGGCCUACGAGACUCUGCAUUCUGAUGGCCGACUCACUGAGACCGCCAUUGGAAUUUAUGGCUACAACCCCAGUUCAAACACCAGUCCUGCCUACACUGGUUCUGCUGGUAAGGCUAAGAGGUCACAUGUCAGAAGAAAACGGCAGAUAUUCGGCCAUGAUGGACGUUUUAGUAUCGCAGGACAGAACUACCUGCUGAAGUAUCCAUUCUCAGUGGCUGUCAAAUUGUCAACUGGGUGUUCUGGCACACUAGUGGGGGACCGCCAUGUACUCACAGCUGCACAUUGUGUCCAUGAUGGUAAAAACUAUGUUAAAGGAGCACAGAAGCUUCGUGUUGGCUUUUUAAAACCUAAGCAACGAGACACACAAUCUUCUCUCACUUAUCUUCCCUCCAACUUUACCAAUCACAUUAAAGAAGACCCUGCUUCAUAUGCCCCACCAACCACUGAAAGAAUGAAGUUCCAAUGGAUCAGAGCCAAGCGCACCCAUGUUCCAAAGGGAUGGAUUAAAGGGAAUGCCAACGACAUUGGGAUGGACUAUGACUAUGCUUUGCUUGAACUCAAGAAACCCCACAAACGCCGCCACAUGAAGCUAGGUGUCAGCCCCCCAGCUCAAAGACUGCCUGGACGCCGGGUUCACUUUUCAGGAUUUGAUAAUGACCGUCCAGGACAGCUGGUGUAUCGAUUCUGUCAAGCCACAGAGGAGACGUCAGACUUGUUGUACCAGCACUGUGAUGCUCAGCCUGGGGCCAGCGGGUCAGGAGUCUAUGCCCGGAUGUGGAACGGGCAGCGCCGGCGUUGGGAGCGGAAGGUCAUAGGUGUGUUUUCUGGGCACCAGUGGGUGGAACGACAAGGAGCCUCUCAGGAAUUUAAUGUAGCUGUAAGGAUCACACCACUCAAAUAUGCACAGAUCUGCUACUGGAUUAAAGGAAACUUUGUAGACUGCAGAGAGGGGUGAAGAAAUGUUGGAGAUGACAGAGGACAGCAUAGAGGUGGAGCUACAAAACACUAAACUCACCACAUCAUCAUAAAUCUUUCUUCAAUUUGCCAUCCAAAAGAAUCCCUGCUUCUCACACCAGUACAUGUCACACUGACAUAACAUUAAUACUAAUGUCAAAAACUUGUUUGCUGCCCUAAUUCUUAGAUAUCAAUGUUGACAUGAUAAACAUAAACAAGACAGAAAAAAAUAAUGGCACUAAAUUAUGUAAACAAGCAGUUUUCAUUUUGUUUGUGUUCUGUCUUACAUCUUUAUUCACAUUUAAAAAAAAUGUAAAAUAAGAUUAUUAUUUAAACAUUUAUCUGGAUAAUAGUUAUCUUUGAGCUCCUAUAACCAGAAACAUGGACCAAUGGAGUGGGAAGGGGAAAAUCGUUCCUUUACAGACAUAGCCAUUCUGCUGAGCUAAUACUAAAGAUUGCACUGUUAUUACUUUUUUUCUACUGUAAAAUGACAUUUAUGGAUGAAUGUACAAGUCAGCUACCAAAGUAACCAAUUCAUUCUUUCCAACCUACCUUGUAUCUUCUUAGUGGACAUUUCCAAAUACACUGUACUCAAUUCACAAAGUUUGUCUCCUUUUGUUUAGGAAAUGUAGGAUGUUUUACGGGAUGAUUUUAACAGCAAAUGUCUCCUCCCAAGUGUGUUGAAUGAUUUUUCUGUGAGGAAAAAAAUGUCAAAUGUUGGUUCUUUGUUGCUUAGUGCCAUCUGGUGGCCACAUAAAGCAAUGCAGGUUUCCACAACAUGCAUUAUACCAGUUUAGCCUUGGCUUUUAUGCACUUUUUUCUCUUGUGUGUGAUUUUUUUUUUUUUUUUUUUAAUUGAAGAUUUUUGGAUGAUCAGACAAAAUACAUAUGCUAUGUAAUAUG